CUUCAAUCCUCCUUCGUGCAAUUGAAUUGAUCGCUCUUGUGGUGAUCUUUCAGGAGAUUUCCUCACUGAUCACGGCCGCUUUUUGCUAUCCUUGACACUCAUUUCCACCGAAGAGGAAGCCUCCUGCGAUUAUUAGUUAUCCUUAUCCUGUAUUUCUCUCCUAAGAAACAAAAGAACACCAUCUAUCGGCCACUAUCGACCUGGAACCGCUCUCACCUCAUAUCUUCUCGAGCGCGGCGACUCUUUCCCACCCACCCUUGCUGUCACUCGGCUCGCUUAGCGCAGUUUUGCAUGCUCAUCCAUCCCACCACCUGUCCAAGCCCGCCAGUUGUCCAGUGUCGAAUCAACUGUCGGAAAUUGAUCCAUCGCAUACUCUUCCUACACCUUCUCCUGCCAACAUUGUCGUCCGCAUCACAGUCCGAAUCGUAGCCUAUGACUAUAUCUGCCAUUGUCUGAAAACCCUAUUGCCGAUAACUACCUGCGCGAAACCAGACGACUGAGCAAGGUGGCUCUACGCCCAUUUUGCCUGCGCUGCUGGAGACAGCCGAGGAUCCGAGCCCUGUGGCACACCGAUCGCGACUGUCACGAACCCACGCCUUCCACGCCUCAUGAGGACGAAAAAUCAAUAGAGACGUCUAUCCCGUCCAUGUCUCGCCAGGACGAGACAUUGGUCGCUGCUACGGCGAUUCUGCGUGGAUUGGCCAAGGGCUCAAGCACGCAGUCUCCCCAAACUAAUGGCUUAAAACUCCCUCCUUACAGUCUUCCUGGAGAAGACACGCCUUCAAAGGAUGAAUUCGAGGCGGAAAUAGCAGCCCUUGCGAGAAGAAUACACUACCUCGAAUCCAGAGCCGACGUCGUCGGUCGGUCGCUUCCAGACACACCAGGUGAAUUUCAGAAUCCCGCUUCACCUGGGCCAUCUGAGCCUCGAAACCCACUGGGAGAGUCAUAUACUGAUCCCACCAUAGCAACCUCCGACCGAGCAUCCUUCAUCCCAAUCCAGCCAAACCGAUCCAACAGCCACAUUACUCCGACCAGCGCUGUUAGUGAAGAUGAUAUCAGCGUACUCAAGGAACAUGUGGAGAAGCAGGCCGAACAGAUUAGAACCCAACGCGAGACAAUUGCAGAGAUUAGCCGCGGCCUGCGAAAUUCUGAAGAGCAGGCAAAGCAGGCAUUUAUGCGAGUGGAGAACGAGGACGUCUCGAUGCUCGAAAGAGAGCUUCGAAAACAUCAACAAGCGAACGAAGCGUUCCAAAAAGCACUACGCGAGAUCGGUGGUAUCAUCACCCAGGUGGCUAACGGUGACCUGUCCAAACGUGUACAAAUUCAAGCGACUGAAAUGGAUGAUGAAAUUGCUGCUUUCAAGGUUACCAUUAAUACAAUGAUGGACCAGUUGGAGAUCUUUGGAAGUGAAGUGACGAGAGUCGCUCGAGAAGUCGGUACUGAAGGCAUAUUGGGAGGUCAAGCUCAGAUCAGUGGAGUGCACGGUAUCUGGAAAGAGCUGACUGAUAAUGUAAACAUAAUGGCGGCCAACCUGACAGAUCAGGUCAGAGAAAUCGCGACGGUCACCAAAGCUGUCGCUCGUGGUGAUUUGAGUCAGAAAGUGCAGAGUCGCGCCAAAGGGGAGAUCUUUGAGCUUCAACAUACUAUCAAUACCAUGGUGGACCAGCUACGGACCUUUGCAACUGAGGUGACGAGGGUAGCCAGAGAUGUCGGAACAGAAGGUGUUUUGGGCGGUCAAGCUCAGAUCGAAGGUGUUCAGGGUACCUGGAACGAAUUAACGAAAAGUGUCAAUGCCAUGGCAGAUAACUUGACCACCCAAGUACGGGAUAUCGCUAUGGUCACCACUGCAGUUGCCAAGGGUGAUCUGACUAGAAAGGUGACGGCCAGUUGCAAGGGCGAAAUUCUUCGCUUGAAGAUCACAAUCAAUAACAUGGUGGAUCAGCUCCAGCAGUUUGCUCAAGAAGUCACCUAUCUGGCGAAGGAGGUCGGGACGAACGGUGUCCUUGGGGGUCAAGCUACAGUUCAUGAUGUCGAAGGUACUUGGAAAGACCUCACGGAAAACGUGAAUGGCAUGGCCAUGAAUUUGACCACACAGGUGAGGGAGAUAGCAACAGUCACCACCGCUGUUGCCAAUGGAGAUCUGUCAAAGAAGGUGGCCGCGGAUGUCCAAGGCGAAAUCCUCGAUCUCAAGGUGACAAUCAAUUCCAUGGUGGACAGGUUGAAUACUUUCGCCUUUGAAGUCAGCAAAGUCGCAAGAGAAGUAGGGACCGACGGCACUCUUGGUGGACAGGCAAAGGUCGACAAUGUACAGGGAAAAUGGCGAGAUCUCACUGACAACGUCAACACCAUGGCUUCCAACCUCACGGGCCAGGUCCGAAGUAUUUCAGAAGUGACGCAGGCCAUUGCCGCCGGCAAUCUGGACAAGAAAAUCGAAGUUGAGGCGCAAGGAGAGAUCUUGACACUGAAGGUUACGAUCAACAACAUGGUCGAUCGCUUGGCCACUUUCGCGCAGGAGCUGAGAAGAGUGGCUCGAGACGUGGGUGUCAAUGGUAAGAUGGGUGGCCAAGCCAAUGUUCACGACGUCAGCGGUCGAUGGAAGGAAAUUACCGAGGACGUCAAUACCAUGGCCGAGAACUUGACUGCCCAGGUUCGUGCGUUUGGAGAGAUUACAGAUGCUGCAACAGUGGGCGACUUCUCCAAGCUGAUCAGUGUCGAAGCGUCUGGCGAAAUGGAUGAGUUGAAGCGCAAGAUCAACCAGAUGAUCUCGAAUCUCAGAGACAGCAUUCAAAGGAAUACAGCCGCUCGAGAAGCUGCCGAAUUGGCCAACAGGACGAAAUCCGAGUUCCUGGCAAACAUGUCUCACGAAAUCAGGACUCCUAUGAACGGCAUUAUCGGCAUGACUCAGCUCACCCUCGAUACUGACGACCUGAAGCCCCACUCGCGAGAGAUGCUGAACACGGUACAUAACCUGGCUAACAGCCUGCUGACCAUCAUCGACGACAUUCUUGACAUUUCCAAGAUUGAGGCGAACCGGAUGGCGAUCGAGGCUAUACCCUACACGAUCCGUGGCACCGUGUUCAACGCACUGAAAUCGCUCGCGGUGAAAGCACAUGAGAAGUCAUUGUGCCUGGCCUGCGACGUUGACGGUUCGGUUCCCGACUACGUGGUUGGAGAUCCAUUUCGAUUACGACAGAUCAUCCUCAACCUGGUGGGUAAUGCCAUCAAGUUCACCGAUCAGGGCGAAGUCAAGGUGACCAUCAAGAAAUCCAAAGAUCUCAUAUCUAACUGCGCAUCGGACGAAUUUCCGUUCGAGUUUGUGGUGUCUGACACUGGCAUCGGAAUUCAGUCCGACAAGCUCGACCUCAUCUUCGAUACCUUCCAGCAAGCAGACGGCUCGACGACAAGAAAGUUCGGAGGCACUGGGCUCGGACUGUCCAUCUCCAAGCGUCUGGUGAAUCUCAUGGGCGGUCAAGUCUGGGUGACCUCCGACUUUGGGCAUGGAAGCGAGUUUCAUUUCUCCUGCAUUGUGAAAUUCGCGACGGAGGAUAUCAGCGUCAUCAGUUCGCAGCUGUAUCCUUUCCGAAAGCACAAAGUGCUUGUUGUGGACAAGGGAGUUUCUCCUUUCUUCGAGCUGGUUCCGAACAUGAUUGAAGAGCUCGGUCUAGACGUUGUUGUGGUAAGAGAUGAGUUCACCAUACCCGAGCCAGUGCUUGAGAAGAAGGGCAGAUCCGAUGGCGGCUACGAUGUGAUUGUGAUUGAUCAGGUCGCGACCGCUCGCAAACUCCGAGAGUCAGACAAGUUCAAGUACAUCCCCAUGGUGCUUCUAAACCCCAGGGUGUCCAUCAACCUGAAGACCGUGCUGGACCUUGGCAUUGCUUCAUACAUGACCACCCCCUGUCAAUUGAUCGACCUGGGCAAUUGCAUGAUCCCUGCUCUGGAAGGCCGGUCAACGCCCAUCAUCAAGGACUACAAGAAAUCCUUCAAUGUCCUGUUGGCAGAAGACAAUGAAGUCAACCAGAAGGUGGCUAUCAAGAUUCUGGAGAAGUACAACCAUGUAGUAACGGUGGUAAGCAAUGGGCUGGAGGCAGUCAACGCUAUCAAGGAAACGCGAUUUGAUGUAGUCCUCAUGGACGUACAGAUGCCGGUGAUGGGUGGAUUUGAGGCAACGCGCGAGAUCCGACAAUUUGAGAAAGAGCUAGGCCUCCCCCGGACACCUAUCGUGGCUUUGACAGCGCACGCAAUGUUGGGAGACAGGGAAAAGUGCAUUCAGGCUCAAAUGGACGAGUACCUUUCGAAGCCACUCAAACAGAAUCUGCUCAUGCAGACCAUUCUGCGGGUGGCAUCGGAUCACGUUACAGACAUGUUCAGCAAGCAUGCUCGGAAGCAAUCAACCGUGACAUCGGAGGCUGCGCCUGAGAGACCGCAGCUGAAUGCCGCACCGACGAAGAUAGAGAAGGAUCCCAGCGGCCUCAGACCGCCAUUUUCAGAGAGGUCGAUCACCACAUCAGGGCCCGUGAACCACGGCAGCGCCGAGAGUCCAUCGACUGCCAAAGAUGGCGAUCCGGAUCCGAUUGCGGUUGCUAACAGUGUACGUGCGAUGUCUUGGUCCGGUUGAUUGAAGACGAAACUAAUUGGAUGUCCAGAUGCUGUUGAGAUCUCAUAGUUCUUGAGCAUUUCAUUGGACGAAGGAAACCUUUUGGCUCCUUUUCAGCUACGCAUCAGCGCAAGUGUGCAGCGUUUGUUUUUGGGGUUUCAUUUUGCAAGGCACUCAGGGCAGGAGCUGUAUGGAAGGAUAAUUGGCAUACGUCUUUCGUGGGUUGAUGCUUAUGACACGGCGUCGUACUAGGGAGAUGCCAUAAGAUUCUGGUGCCUGGUUAACGACGUUUUCAAACGGCAGCAUUGCCUCUCUUGGCUUGGGGAUAGCCAUUGAGGAUAGGCGAACCGCGGCCCGAGGGACAGGAACGGGUGCGAGUGAAGGACUAGGGUUCUAUGGCUAGAGUCGAUAAAUCGCUCAUACUGUACGUCUCCGCUGGGUGAAGUUUGCUCACAAAGUGGCACAUGACUGGGACGAGUACAAGAGCACGCACAGUACUUUCGAAAGAUCUGCCCGGAGCUUGCGAACGAGCCCUACGACGGCGACGAGAAUUGAAGAGCCCACGUCUGGCUCGUCGCUGUCCACAUGAUUGAUGAUGAUCGAGCAGCUCGCGGCCGUUUUGGGACAUUGUGGGCGAGCAGCUAGGACGGAAUUGCCCCAGAUAUCACUUAUGUAAUCUACAUUUGAAAGCAUCACCUUCCAAACUACGAGUGCC